UGAAGGGGUUGCAUUUAUGCUGACCACGGCUGGGAAUCGCCCUGCAAAAAAGGCAGCCACGGGGCUGAUGGGUCUCUCCUUAAGCCUGGCCAUAGCAGGUGUGAGCUGAGAAUGGGCAACUGCCACGAGGCAGCAGAGUGUGGAUGGUGUCAGCCCUUUGCUGUUGCCGUGGCUUGCUCUUCUGUGCUUUAGGCACUGUCCAGCAGCCUUUCCUGAUGGAUUCCCAGGAACGCUGUGGGUCUGGGGGGCCCCAGGCACUCACGCCCCAUCCAGAAGCCAGGCGUAGCCAUGUUGAAGAGGCUGGUUAGCCUACGAGACCCGAGUGACUCACCACCCACCAGAACUGUGCUGCACCUUACUUCCCUGGUGUCGGUUGUGCUCCUGCCCAGGUUCCUGAUCCAGAGAAGCUCUGGCGUCCCAUAUUACUGUGAGGAACUGCUGCGCUCCCUGCGUUGCAACAACAUGCUCUUGUUGCACACCGGGAGGCCGAAGGAAGGAGAGGACAGCUGGCAGAGCCUGAUGGCCAAGGCAUCACCCGCUGUCACAGCUGCCUCAAGCCCGGGUACCGGGAGUGACGGAGAAAGGAUGUGUGCCAUCAGACCAGACGUGAGCCUGGAGACCUCCAUGCUGCCGUUUGCCUUGAAAGAGAUUGCGCUGGCUGAGCUGGACCGGAUGGAUCUACAGAAGCAGAUGGUUCUGAAGUUUGCAGCCAUCAUAGGGCCGGUGUUUACAACCCAGCAGCUGGUUCACAUCCUUCCCAUCUCUGUAAAUCAGUGGAUUAAUCCACUGCUGGACAUGCUGGUGAAGGACAACAUCCUGAAGCGGCUGAAGAACACAGAGGAGCUGGAAGAUGUGCAAGGUGCUCCAGAGGGGCCGGCCACCUCCGGGCAGGCAGGAAGCGCGGUGGAGAGGCCCUCCGUGAACAUGGGGUCCAGAAAACAACAGUCUGACGUCCUGGCCUUCUGCGCCCCACUGCUGUGGGAGGCGACGUACGAGCUGUGGCCCACGAGGGAGAGGGUGAACAUUCACCGCCAGUGUGCCGCCUUCCUGGAGAAGCAUGCGCACAAAUGCCAGAGGUGCCACGGAGGGGACUUUGUGGCCUUCCACCGCUUCGGCGUCUCCAGCCCCCAGAAGCAGGGGAGCUGCCAGGGCUCUGCUGAUGAGGAUGACUGCUGCAGCUGGGAGGCCUUAGUAGUUGCUGGAGAACACCUGAGGAGGGCCAGGACCCACCCUGCAGAGGGCGAGAUUCUGGCAGAGGGCGAGCAGACAACUCUGCGGGCCGAGGACGGUGGCGAGUGCUCCUGCCAGUGCGAAGCCAUCGCCGAAGCAGUGCUUGUGCCCCUGGCUCGCCACUACAGGGCAAUGGGCAGCACUUCCCAAGCCCUCCAUUAUGUGCUGGAGUGUGCGGCUGCCUACCUGCACGUCUCCAACAGCUACAUGGCCCUCAUGAAGCUGAGCGAAGCAGAGGCUCUGAGGAGCUCCGUCAAAAAGGAAAGAAAUGCCAUCGACCGCUUUGAGGAGGCCAUCUUCUUCAGCCUCAAAGGAGAGGUCUGCAGUAACGUGGGAUGUGUGAAGCUGGCCAAGGAAAUGAGCAGGCAGGCGCUGAGACUGCUGGAAAAGCGGUUCCCGCGAACCCGUGCCGGGGCCUUUGUCAAGUCUCUGUGGGAAGGGUUGAAGCGUGCUCCUCAGGCCACAGGCAGAGCGUCCUUCCUUCCCCAGGAGGCUCGGAGGAAGAAGCAAGCCUGGCUGGUUCAGCGGAGCAGAUGCCUCUCCUUGCUCGAGGACCUCUACAGCCAGGAGGGCACAUCUGGCGGACAGAGGUUCUCCCGCCUGGCAGCACUCAUGAAGGCCAACACGGACAGCAAGAUGCACUCCUAUCAGGCAGCAGACUCACACAUUGGACAAGCCUUGAAUUAAGGAAAAUAGGCUUAGACAACGAGUGCAGACAGCGGGUGUCCUGUUUCUCCAAGUGACACCGUUCAGGUACCCUACGUCUGGAAUGCAGACAGCAGGCUAGGACAGUAAACCACAAAUUAACAAAGAAGCAACGGAUUGGUGGACGGAGCUGUAGCCGAUGAGAGGACCGGCCAAAGCCAGGUGAAAGAAUACAGUGAGGAAGACCAUGGCCUUCAUCAGAAAGACCACCAGACAACCAGCAAGAGAUACCACGCAUGCGUAAAAGAACUGAGA